AUGUGGGUUGCAGACUUUGCAGAUGGAAACCGUAAGCUUUUGGCGAUGCUCAGUGCAAUCUUCCUCAGUUUUGUUCCUUGGAUUCAAGUCAGCAGAUCAAGGGCACUCCUUUUGUUGGUGAAGCCAUCAAUAUUUCUUGUAGCUGUCAUGAUGGGAGCAAUUCUUCAUGCUAUCCUAUUAGCUUUCAAUGCUGUAGCUGGUACAUGUCUUUCGGCAGUUUCUGGUGGUAUUAAGUCACCUUUUGUCAAGGAAGAAAAUGCAAGUGCUCUUCUAUUAGUGGCAAGUCAGAAAACCUUGCCUGUGAUGGUAGCAGUGGUCGAGCAGCUUGGUGGUGCUUUAGGUGAAUCUGGAUUACUCAUCCUUCCAUGUGUUGCUGCUCAUUUGAACCAGAUUAUCAUCGACUCAUUUCUAGUGAGCAUCUGGAAACAAAAGUCGGGUGAAUUUGAAAACGCUAAGGUUGCGUAG